AUGUCGCGGUACAUGGGGAACUUCGCGCGACCGGAGAACGCGAUCAAGCGCGCGGAGGAGCUGAUCAACGUGGGACAGAAGCAGGCGGCGCUGCUGUCGCUGCACGAAAUCGUCACCAGUCGGCGAAACAGGCAGUGGACCAAGGUUCUCGAGGAGGUCAUGUUCAAGUACGUCGAGCUGUGCGUCGAGCUGAAGAAGGGCAGGCUGUGUAAGGAUGGGUUGAUGCAAUAUCGCAACACGUGCUUGCUGGUGAACGUGCAGUCGCUCGAGGAGGUGGUGAAGCGAUUUUUGAAGCUCUCGACGGAACGCGCGGAGACGGCGCAGGCGGAGUUCGGCGCUACUCUCGACGCGGACGUCGAUCUCGAGGCCGAGUUCACGCCAGAGUCGCUGUUGGCGAAGGCGUAUCGACUCGACCACGAGAACGAGGCGACGGAAAAGGAAACGGUGACGCCGUGGUUCAAGUUUUUGUGGGAAACGUAUCGCAACUUGCUCGACAUCUUACGCAACAACAACAAGCUCGAGGGUUUGUACGCCAUGGUCGUGAAGGACGUGUUCAAGUUUUGCCUCAAGCACAAGCGCACGACCGAAUUCAGGCGCGCGUGCGACUUGAUGCGAACGCACUUGAACAACAUGGUCAAGUACAAGGAUAUGCGCGACAGACCGGAUUUGAGCUUACCCGAGACGCAAAAUCUCUACAUGGAAGUGCGUUUCGAACAGCUGAAGGCGGCUACGACGCUUGAAAUGUGGCAAGAAGCGUUCCGAUCGAUCGAAGACAUUCACGGGUUGAUGCUCUUGCUUCGCCGUUCGCCCAAGCCGCAGAUGAUGGCGUUGUACUUUGCCAAGUUGACGGAAAUUUUCUGGAUUGGUAAAAAUUACCUCCACGCCGCGUACGCGUGGAUGAAGCUUUACAGCGUUAGUAAAACGUAUAACCGCAGCUUGACCCCUGAAGACGAACGCGCGUUGGCUUCGGGUGUCGUGUUGGCGACGAUGUGCAUAACGCCGUACACUGAAAAGUCCGUCUUUGGCGACAUGGACUCCGAUCAUCAAUUCGAUCGCGACUCUCGCAUGGCAAGUUUGCUCGGUUACCACAUCGAUCGUAGUCGCAGCAUCAGCGAUGUGCUCUCGCGUGAAUUGUUGGCGGCCGAGAUCAAGCGCAGCGGUUUGUUGGCCAAGGUGGACGACGACGUCAAGCGUUUGUACGCCCUCAUGGAGCAAAGCUUUUCCCCGCUCGAUCUGUGCAAGAAGGCUGACGUGUUGUUUAACGUGUUACAAGGCACGACAAUUGAAGUCAGUGAAGCCUCGCCGGUUUCCUCUUUCGACUUCAACUCGUUCUUACCGAGACUGAGAUCGCUCGGCAUUAUUCGCAUGGUGCACCAGCAAUCCAAGGUGUUCGAGACGAUGAAGAUUGAUUCUUUGAAAUCCUCCGUGCCGUUCAUGCCGUAUCACGAAGUCGAGCGUAUUCUCGUACAAGCGAUUCGAAGUGAUUACAUUUCCGUUCGAAUCGACCACGAGACUGGAUCGAUGAACUUUGUCGGCGAUCGCCUCGAGACGGGUUUCGUCAAGACGCACCUCUCUCGCGCCGCUCGUCUUUUGCAAGAAGGCAUGAGCAAGCUCGCGCCCAAGACACCCGCCGAUGUCGGCGCUCGUGUACUCGGUGCCGAAUUGCGCGCCGCCAUCGAGGCCGAACACAAGCGUGCGCUGGCGCGCAAGGUGGUCAUCGAGCGCCGCAAGGAGGAAGCCGAGCGCGCCGCCGCUGAGCAAGAAAAGGAGGAAGAGGCUAAGCGCGUCGCCGCGCAGCGCAAGCACGAAGAAAACGAGGCCAAGCGCCUCGAACAAGAAGCUCGUGCUCGCGAAGAGAAGAGAAUUCGUGCGGAAAUGGAGGAAAAAGAGAAACAAGAGGCUCUCGAGUUGCUCGCCGAGCAAGCCAAGCGCGCUGGCAAAAAGGCGCCGAUUGUCCUCGAGGAGGGCGUCGUCCUCGACAAGCGAGCCAUCAUGCAAGAUGCUAUUCAAGAACAAAUCAAGGCGCGUCAAGAGCAAGAACGCAAAUUGAACAGUCUCGCUAAACGCAUGGAUCACGUCGAACGUGCCAAGCGCGAAGAAAGUAUCAGUCUCAUCGAGAAGGCGUACAAGGAGCGAUCGGUGGAUGACGAAAAGUACCACGCCGAACAACAAGUCGCGAUGGCUGCGAAACAUCGCGCCAAGUGGGAGGCGGAGAGCGCAGAAAAGCAGCGUUUGAUGCGUAUGGAAGGUCCGCGUGCCGAGUUCGCGCGUGGUGUCAUGAUUCGUCGGGCCGAGCAAUUCGCCGCUCAAGAGGAGGAACGCGCGAGAAAGCUCGAGCAAAUGAAGAAGCACAAGGAGGCUGAACGCUUGCUCCAAGCGAAAAAAGAUUACAUCAAGCGUCUCCAAGACAUCGAGGCUGCGGUGAAGCACGAAAAGCGCGAAAAGGAUCGCAUCGCGCAAGCUGAAAGACGUCGUCAACAAGAAGAAGAGGAAGCUGCUAGAAGACAACGCGAACAACCGCCGGCACGCGGCGGCGACGAUCGCUGGGGCGCUCCGCGUGUGCGACCGGCGCCGAUCGCGCGCGUCGCGAAUAUCUCGUGGAAAACGAUCCCUCACUGA